AUGAAUCGACUGGCAGGAGGGAGCUCAUUCCUGACGCCACCCUAUGUGUCUCAAAUUACCCGCAAAUCAAAUGCCAUAUCCGCCAGAAACUACACAUCAUUGCCGCCUUCAUCUUCCUCAGAUCCUGGUACCCUGGGUGCCAUCAUUGGCAUAGUAGCGGAAAGACUGGGUAUUGGAGAAUUAGCUACGGGUGGUCUUCAAUUGGCAGUCAUUGGAGGCGCCUUGGCUGGAUUUCGGUAUUUUGGUGGCUAUUUCCUCGAGAUUCUGAAAAAGAAGACGAUCGUUACAGCUGAUUUCGAUAGUAGAGACGAAUCUUACAGCUGGAUCCUCAACUGGCUGAGUGAGCAGCCCUACAGCCACAAAACCUCUCGCUUCUCUGUAUCCACUAGCAUUCUUCGAGCUGGCCAGCGCUUACCAGGAGAAGGAUUAGAUGCCAACAUGCCACCGGUUUACUUUUUGCCUUCCCCUGGCAUGCAUUUCUUUACCUACAAGAACCGACUCGUGUGGCUGACAAGAGAGCGUCCAGGCACAUCCUCUCCCGCAGCCGCUGUUGCCAACACUAACGCCAUGUUAGAAAGAAUCCAGAUCAGCACAUUUGGUCAGUCUCGAGAGCUAUUGAAAAACCUCGUCUAUGAAGCGCAAAAGAAGUUUAUCGACCGAGACAAGAGCCGCACAGUGGUAUUUGCAGCAGAUCAGUACGGUGCCUGGAGAAGAACUCGAUCCAGACCGAAACGACCUCUCAGCACCAUUGUCAUCCCAAGCAAUGUCAAGGUGAAGAUGGUGGAAGAUGCAAAGGAUUUCUUAUGCCAGGAAAACUGGUACAGUGAUAGAGGAAUACCUUAUCGACGAGGUUACCUGCUGUUUGGCACGCCUGGAUCUGGCAAGACAAGUUUCGUGUAUUCUCUGGCUGGCGAACUUGGGUUGAACAUUUACGUUGUUAAUUUGAGCAACAAGAGCAUGACAGACGACACCUUAAAUGAACUGGUGUCUGAUACACCAAGUCGAUGCAUCCUGUUGCUAGAAGACAUUGAUGCUGCUUUCAAUCAAAGAGUCAAGGGGGACGCUGUCAGUGCAAACAACAUUACAUUUUCAGGCUUGCUGAAUGCAAUUGAUGGUGUUGCUGCUCAGGAAGGGCGCAUUCUCUGUAUGACUACAAACCACAUUGACAGAUUAGACGAUGCUCUGAUUCGUCCUGGUCGCAUAGAUGUUCGUAUCCACUUUGGACAUGCAACAAGACGACAAGCACACGAACUAUUCACUAAAUUCUACCCCAAUUUACCUCAGGACUCUGAUCUACCAUCCUUAUUUGCUUCCAAGGUCCCAGAAAACGUAUUCAGUAUGGCACAUCUUCAAGGAUUCUUGAUGGGUCACAAGCAACGUCCAGCAGAGGCUGUCAAACUAAUGGAUGAAUGGAUUGAAUUACAUCAAAAGGGAAAAGCAGAUGAUUCCACAGAGAGUGGGUCAGGAGCAGUAGAGGAUCUUUAG